AUGGAAAACUCUGAGACUUACGACUCUUUUCAACAUGAACUUGAAGAUUAUAUUAGAAGGCAGAAAGCCAGAGGGUUACAACCAGAGAUUUGCUUUAGAAAGGUGACAGACGGCUCUGUGUACGGAGAAAGGGAACACACUGCAUCCAAACCUCUAAUGCUGGAGCAGAGACUCUUCUUCAGAAGCUCUCACAAGUUCCCCUCUUCCUACAAAAGGCUAAGAACAGUGGAAAGCCAGUUACCUUCAUGGUCUACAAUUCAUCAGUCCAGACAAAGACUAGAAUCUCUAAACCACUGUCAGGAAAAUCACGACUAUUUCUUCAAAAACCCGUGGCUUCCAAACCCACUUGUGCAAGCAGAGACCGAGGGCUUCCAUGCAGCACAACGCAGCGAAGAUGCCAGAUGCUUCAAAAAGAGUCGUCCCAGUGUCCAUUCAGCAGGAGAUCAAGAUGGAAGCCAGAAGAGAAGGUCCAGGGAGGAGGGAGGAAGAGGACAUGGCAAAAAAGAAAGGGCAGAGUGGAAGAGGCAGCAUCCUACAGAUAGAGAGGCCUACAAAGAGAAAAGGACAAAGGCAGAGGUGGAGCCCCGGCGCGCAGAAAAGCACGAACAUAGGAAGAAGACCAAUGGAAAUCAGGACACCACCAAGGAGAGAAGAAGGUCCGGCAAAGAAAAGCAGCCACUUGGCAAAAAAGGCACACAGGAGAGGGAUCUGUGGGAUGAAGCUAUCCUCGGCAGUUGUUACUGA